CUCCAGACCGCGCUCAGCGGACUCCUCGCGGUGCCCAUGCGCGCCUCGAGGUACGUCAACCGGGCCUCAGUCCUCUUCCACCACGUCGAGCGGACCGCGUUCGCCGACGACGGCUCCCUCGUCGAGCUCUCCCCCCUCAGCGUCCUCCAGGACGCCAUCACCCGCUCCGGCAGCACCGCGUGGUCCGACGGCUGCGCGCUCCUCCCCGACACCGCCACCUCCGUCCGAUGGGGCCCCCAUGCCGCGGACUCCACCACCGCCACCCUCUUCGUCGACGUCAUCGACGAUGAGGACUUCAAGACGCUGCGCGCCCUCAACGGGUCACGGCUCUCCUUCGACAUCGGCCCGCGCGCGUGCGUCCUCGCGCGCGUCCCCGACCGCCCCAUCCAGUGCUCGAACUGCCAACAGUUCGGGCACGCGGCGCUCCGGUGCCGUGCGCCUCCGGCGUGCGGAUACUGCGCGGGCGCGCACCACACCCACCACCAU